AUGAGCUCUCUAGAGAUCCGUCAGGAGGACAUUCCUGACCUGCACGGCAAGCGUGUCAUCAUCACCGGCGGUUCCUCAGGAAUCGGGCUCGCCGCAGCAACAAUUUUUGCACGAAAAGGGGCUAAAGUUUUGAAUCUGGACAUCAAUCCUCCAUCGGAAAACUUGGGCAAUGAGAUCGAGUAUCAGCAAUGCGAUGUGUCGAAGUGGAGCGAGCUUUUAGAGGCGUUUAAGCAGGCCGGCAACAUCGACAUCGCCGUUUCGAACGCAGGGGUCUCCGAAGAAACUGACUAUUUCGCAGACACCUUUGGCACUGAUGGCGAGAUCCUGGAGCCAAGUUAUGGAGUGCUGGAUGUGAACCUCCGAGCAGUCCUCAAUUUCACCAAAUUGGCCUUGAGCCACUUUCGGCGGCGGAAGUAUGAGGGAAGCAUUGUCAUCACAUCGAGCGCAACAGCCUACGCACCAGAGCAGUCCUUACCGGUCUACAGUGCAUCCAAGUUGGCAAGUAUCACGAUCAAUGCUGUUGCGCCGGCAGCGACAAUCACAGCUUUGCUGCCGAGUCAUCUUGCGCAGCCGAUCAUUGCUGCUGGGCUACCAGUGAGCUCUGCCGAGUUUGUUGGAUUGGCGGUCGUCUAUUCAGCGGUGGCGACUCAGCAGCGACUAGUUGAGCCGUACGGGAAAGACAAAGACGAGAAAACAGGACCAUCACGGUGGAAUGGUCGCACCAUCCUUACGCUUGGAGACCGCUACACCGAGCUGGAGGAACCGGUUGCAUCCUUACGGCCUGAGUGGUUUGGGAAGGAGAACACUCGGUUGACCCGAUUGCAGCAAACAGCCACUGAUUUCCGGACGGGCGUGUAA